CCCCUGACCUUUCCUUCAAAACCUUUUAGAGUCCAACCCAACAUAGCCUAAAACUUGCUUCCAUCUCCACUAUGCUUGGUUGUUCAUCUAUGUAAUUAGUUAUGUUGUUUAUUUUCUCUUGUUGAUUUGUAGAGCCGUGGCAUGCAAUCAACUAUGUACGUAGAAAUGGCUCCGGGAGUGACAACUGAUGAGCUAUACAAUCACUUAAAGAGAAGUUAUGAGAACGAAGAGUUUGUAGUAUUGCUGAAGGACAAAGAUGUUCCGCAUACCCGACAUGUCCGAGGAUCAAAUUACUGCCUCAUGAAUGUGUUUCCGGAUCGAAUUUCUGGGAGAGCAAUUAUUAUAUCAGUUAUUGAUAAUCUUGUGAAGGGCGCGUCUGGGCAAGCGUUACAGAACCUCAACUUGAUGAUGGGUAUUCCUGAAAAUACAGGGCUACAUUGCUUACCUUUAUUUCCUUGAGUUAUUAUUAUUAUUUUGUCUAGCUUUGUUAUCAUCAUUCAUCAACAAGUUUUUUCUUUACCUUAAAAAAAUACGGAGUAUUUUUCUCGAUGUUAGAUCUCCAAUUUCCUCUAUGCAUAAGUGAAAAUAAGCUAUGCUACAAAGCAAUUAAAGCUUGUAUGUAUACUAUAGUGUUCAUGAUUCAAGGGCCAUUCAACGUCUGGUGUUGGAAUCCUAAUUCAAACAACUUGAUUUUGGUAUCUUUGAUUUGGUUGCUCGAGUUACUAUUCACGUUCUAGUGUACCUGUACGGUUUUGCUACUGGUCUA